AUGAAAGGAAUAUUUGAAAGCUAUGUGAAAAACGUUCACUGGAAGAAUGAAACUGGACUCUUUACAAUCACAGAUCUGCAGAAGAACAACUCAGGAGAUUAUAAACUGGAGUGGGGUUCCAUUUUUAAAUUCCUUUAUUGGCUCAGAGUGUUCGACCCUGUUCCCACCCCUAAAGUGAGCAGACUGAACAGCAGCUCAGACAGCUGCUUGCUGCUGUGUUCGGUGGGGGAGAACAUCACCCUGCAGUGGCUGAAAGGCCAGCAGAUCCUGAACCAGAGCAGCUCUGCAUCCUCUCUGCGUCUGUCAGUAGACAAACAGGACUUUAACUCCUCUUUCAGUUGUGUUGCUUCCAGCCCUGCAGAGAAUAAGACUGUGACCACAUCAUGUGCUCUGAACCAGACAAAAAACGACCCUGUUCCCACCCCUGAAGUGAGCAGACUGAACAGCAGCUCUGACAGCUGCUUGCUGCUGUGUUCGGUGGGGGAGAACAUCACCCUGCAGUGGCUGAAAGGCCAGCAGAUCCUGAACCAGAGCAGCUCUGCAUCCUCUCUGCUUCUGUCAGUAGACACACAGGACUUUAACUCCUCUUUCAGUUGUGUUGCUUCCAGCCUUGCAGAGAAUAAGACUGUGAACACAUCAUGUGCUCUGAACCAGACAAAAAACGACUCAGUCGGACACAAGGAAGUCCAAUAUACGCAAAUUCAGAUGUCUGACAUGAGUAAGGUGGGAAACGGUUCCGGGUCUUCUGGACCUGAGGACGGAUCGGAUGUGACCACCGUCUAG